AUGUCUUUACUAGAUCAAAACUGGGGUACCGGCGGUGCUGCUGACGAUGAAGCACACGAGGAUAAUCAACAAGGACGACAAAUUACAACAUCACGCGAUGGUACCUUGAUGUUGAUUGAAUGUGCACCUCAAAUGUUUGAGCCACUAGCUAAUCAAAUGAAACAAGAUUCAGUGAUUGAUGACGAUGAUGAAGAUGCACAAUUAACAACUGGUUUUCAAUUAGUUAUGCGUGCUUGCCAACGUUUCUAUCAAUCGAAAAUAAUCUCCAAUGAUAAAGAUCUCAGUGGUAUUAUUCUCUAUGGAACGGAAAACAGUCUUAAUGCAUUUGAUUUUAAACAUAUUUAUAUACUCCACGAAUUGGCGCAACCAUCUGCUGAACGUAUUAUACAAUUAGAAAAUCUAUCAGAACAAAGUCGAUAUAAAUCAAAAUACGAUGAAUUAUUUGGUUCAACUCAAGCGACAGGCUAUUCGCUAAAUGAAGCUUUGUGGACAUGUUCAAAUUUGUUUUCUAAUUCACCACAACGUUUAACUAUUAAACGUAUAUUUAUCUUCACGUGUAACGAUCAACCUCAUGCGUCAAAUUUAACAUUAGAACGGCAAGCUAAACAACGUGCAAAAGAUUUAAAUGAUGUUGGAAUAGAAUUAGAAGUAUUUCCAAUUCUAACUCAAACAAUAAUAAGAUUUGAUUUUAAAAAAUUCUUUCAAGAUGUUCUUAUGUUAAGCGACGAAGAUCUUGAUAUUAGAAAUAAUCAGGAGCCAACUGGAAGAUUAAAUGAAUUGUUAAAACUUGUUUAUUCAAAAGAACAUAAAAAACGUGCUUAUUGUACGGUGCCAUUUUCAUUGGGCAAAGCAGCAGACGGUACACCAUUGGAAUUUUCGGUUUCAGUUUACAAUAUGGUUCGUCCUUGUCCAAAACCAACGAAAAUCAAAUUAGAUAUGAAAACCAAUUUGGAAACAAAAAUUGUCACGAAACAUUAUCUGCCUGAAACAGCCGAAAUUCUUAUGCCGUCUGAUAUUCAAUAUGGUUUAGAUGUAUCAAAUCGUCGAAUAUUAUUCGAUACUGAUGAAAUAAAGGCGAUCAAAAAAUUCGGUGAUCCCGGUUUUGAAUUACUUGGUUUUAAAAGUCUUUCAUGUUUACAACCACAUCAUUAUGUUAAACCAGGCCAUUUCAUAUAUCCCGAUGAAAAAUAUGUUGAAGGAAGUUCAUGUUUAUUCAAUGGGUUACUGAAAAAGUGUUUGGAAAAACAAAUGUUUAUCCUAUGUCAAUUUUCAGCUCGACGAAAUACACCACCACGUCUUGUUGCGCUUAUUCCACAAGCUGAAGAAUUAAAUAAAAAAGUGAAAAAUGAUCGAAUGGCAUCCAAUGGUUUCCAUGUACAUUAUUUACCAUAUGCAGAUGACAUGCGAAAUUUGCCUAAAAAUGAUACAUCACGUGCAGCCACCGAUGAAGUCGAUCUAUUUAAAAGUGUUAUACGCGGCUUGAAAUUUAAAUAUCGUCCAGAUAGAUUUGAAAAUCCAGCACUACAAACAUUAUGGAGAAAUAUCGAGGCAACAGCGUUGAAUAAAGGCGAACCCGAUGAAUUCAUUGAUUUAACAGUUCCAAGUGUUGAAAAUCAAAAUCGAAAAAUUGCUGGCUUUGUCGAUGAGCUUAAACAAAUGAUUUUUCCACCUGGCUAUGUUAUGGGCGCAACGAAAAAAUCAGCAGCCAAACGAAAGUUGGAAUCAGGCACUUCGCCUGCUAACUCAAAAAAAUCAAAAGACGAUGAAAAUGUGGAUGUCGAAGCCGCUGCAAAGAGUAAUCUGUUAACUAAAUUGACAAUACCAAUGUUAAAAGAUUAUUGCAGAGAGAAAAAAUUAAAAGCAUCAGGUACUAAAAAACAAGAUUUUAUUGAUGCCAUACAAACUCAUCUUGGUAUUGCUCAAUAG